UAUAAUAUUUAAUGAAGGACUUGAAUUACACCUGCGCAGAACAAAAAAUUGAUUUUCCAUUUGUCAUUCUGUGUAACGUGAAUAGAACUGAGCUGCUAACUAACUUAAGAGUUAAAGAAAGCAAUGACUUCCUGGAAGUCAAAAACAUGUCUCACAAUUCAUGUUUCGAAUUAAAUGAAAUCCGGAUUUUGGAUAAAAUUUUAAGGCAAUGCGAAUAUUAUAUAUCGAAUAACGGCAUGCAACAAACAUCACAGCAACGGAAUAAGAAAGUGUGCCUGAAAACAAAUAAUUUUAACGAGCUACUCUUAAAUACUAACUUAAAUAAAUUUGUAGAGAAGGAACUUUUUUCAUUUAUGUGUAAACUUAGGAAAAUGGACAAGAAGACCAUAUUCGUUUCGGAUAUACUUAUCAAUUCGGGCAUAUUUACGGAUGGUUAUGAUUAUAAUAAAUAUUCCUUCAAUACUAAGAAUCAAAUGAAUAUUAACCGAUAUAUUUAUCACAAAAUUGGUCGAACCGAAGAAAACGAAAAUAUUUCUUAUAAAAAUGUUAAGAACAACGAUCAAUAUUCCGAUAAAAUUAUGUAUGAAACUCCCAAGUGUAUGGCUGUAGAAAUAAUGAGCAGAAACAAAAAACAAUUUUCCUCACUGAAUAAACAAAAUAGCGAAGAGACGAGCAAUGGAAAUCCAUGGGACAUUUAUGGCGCAAACUGUAUGAAAUGUGAAGAAAAAAGCCUUAAAUGUAACAUACAUUCCUCAACAACACCCGUUGAAAAGGACAAACUGAGUAAAAACAAUAUUUUUUAUGGAAAUGAUCUAGCGUUCAACAAACGAAAGGAUAGAAUACAUAGUCAAGCGAAUGUGUUUGAGAAGACAGUUUCAUAUGACAGUGUUCGCUCGAAAAUUUCAUCUCAAAACUUUGUUAAGAAAAAAAUCCCGCACAGGCUAUCAAAAGAGGAUACCGAUGACCUACCGGACAAAGAACCUUUACUUGGUCCUAAGCCACUGAAACUGCCAGAUUCGGUAGAAGCUGUCUUAUCACUAGGCUCAACGAUUUUGCCAGAUAAAAAGAUAGACAACACCGAAUAUCACAAAUGGACAAUAUUACACUAUUCACCAUUUAAGGCUGUUUGGGAUUGGAUAAUUUUGAUACUUGUCAUAUAUACAGCCAUAUUCACACCAUAUGUCGCCGCAUUCUUGCUUGGAGAGCCCGACUACCAAAGACGAACCAACAAAUAUAUUAAUAGUGAUCCACUUGUGAUUGUAGAUUUAAUUGUUGAUGUUACUUUUGUUAUUGACAUAAUUAUAAAUUUUCGAACCACAUUUAUUGAUGGACAGGAUGAAGUUGUUUCACAUCCUGGAAGAAUUGCGGUGCACUAUUUGAGUGGUUGGUUUCUUAUUGACCUAGUUGCUGCAAUACCAUUCGAUUUACUUUUGGUUGGAAGCGAUACAGAUGAGACAACAACUCUAAUAGGUUUGCUGAAAACUGCACGGUUACUCAGAUUGGUGAGAGUGGCCAGGAAAAUUGACAGAUACUCCGAAUAUGGCGCAGCGGUGUUAGUUCUCCUGAUGGCAACAUUUGUUCUUAUCGCCCACUGGUUGGCUUGCAUUUGGUAUGCAAUCGGAAAUGCGGAAAGAACACUGUUAACAAAAAAUAUUGGUUGGCUUCAUUCACUAGGAAAUGAUAUUCAAGAGCCAUAUUUUGAUAAUAACACUGGUGGACCCACAAUAAAGUCUAGAUACAUUACCGCUCUCUACUUUACCUUUACAUCAUUAACAUCAGUUGGAUUUGGAAAUGUCGCUCCAAAUACCGACGCCGAGAAGGUUUUUACCAUAUGUGUAAUGCUUGUGGGCUCUCUUAUGUAUGCGAGUAUAUUUGGAAAUGUUUCUGCAAUAAUACAAAGACUUUACUCGGGUACUGCCAGGUAUCAUACACAAAUGUUGAGGGUGCGUGAAUUUAUUAGAUUUCAUCAGAUUCCAAAUCCACUUAGGCAGCGAUUAGAAGAAUAUUUUCAGCAUGCUUGGACCUAUACGAAUGGAAUCGAUAUGAAUUCGGUGUUGAAAGGUUUUCCAGAAUGUCUUCAAGCCGAUAUUUGUUUGCACUUAAAUAGGAAACUUUUAACAACGUGUACAGCUUUUUCCGGAGCCAGCCCCGGUUGUUUAAGGGCACUGUCUCUCAAAUUUAAAACUACCCACGCACCGCCUGGUGACGUUUUAGUGCACAAAGGAGAUGUUUUGACGUCACUAUUUUUCAUUGCAAGAGGCUCAAUAGAAAUACAGCGAGAUAACAAUACCGUUAUAAUUCUAGGAAAAGACGACAUAUUUGGAGAAAACCCAUGUAACUACGCAACAAUAGGAAAAUCAAAUGGAAAUGUUCGUGCUCUAACUUAUUGUGAUAUUCACAAAAUCCACAGGGAUGACUUAUUAGAUAUUUUAGAUUUGUAUCCAGAAUUUUCAGAGAGUUUCGCUAACAAUCUGGUUUUAACCUACAACAUGCGAGAUGAUUUUCAAGCUGGGGUUGAGGUGAAACACCGAUAUUUAAGAGCGAAAUCAUUAGACAGAGAAAGAAGUACCAGCGAUAUAACAUCUAUACGCAUUUUUGGUAUGCAUCAGAAAAAAAAGGAGAAAAACGCCUCGUGUCCAACUAAGGUUCAAACCAAAGAUUCAAUAAACGAUGGUAAAGACCCCUCGAACUAUAAUUUCGAUAUUCAAAAUAGAGAUGAUUUUGAACAUAUGCAAGCAAUAUACAAAAAUUCAAAAUCCAAACCGACUUCCCUUACCCGGAAUAAUUUACCAAAAAAUAACUUGCAAGAAAGCUACGCACAAGGAAUAGUUAACAGAAAUCAUAAAGUGAAAUAUGUCAACGAAAUGAACUUAUCGACCUUUGAGAAGCAAAAGCAACGAGCUAGUUGGCUACGUCAACACAAAUUAGCAAACAGCGCCACCCACGAAAAAAUCUUACAGGAUGUAUCGUUAUAUAUUAAUCAGCAGAGAACAUCUUAUCCGAAAGACUCCUUGAAAUGUAAUCUGUUUUCCGACAAGGUCUUACCUACACCAAACGCCACAAUCGCAACAACAGAAUCGUGGGACGAGCUAGAUAGUGUAUGAUUGCCUAGUAUUAGAAUGUAAACGCGUUAAAAAUACUGUCACUGCUAAAUACAAUUCAAUAAAAAAUCUUAGAAAAAGAAGAAAUGAAAUAAAAACAAUUAGCAAAAAUAAACAAA